CAAAUUCUUGUUAUCCGUUUUAUCAGCUUCUCCUAUGCUCUCUCCCUGUGUGGCUCCUCUCCACUCUCCUCCUUCUUCCUCUUCUUCACUGCCCCACUUCUCAAUUGCUCGCUCAACUCGCUCGCUCACUCCCUCGCUCACCAGUCUCUGUUUGUUCUGCUUUGAUGGUCUGAGGCAAUUCUGGGGCUUUCUUUUGGCUGAAUGAGGUGCACCCAUCCAUGCCUUUAUUAGGAUUGGGGGUCAAAUGAGAAUGCUUUCAUGAUCGGGUAGAAGAUGCCGAUGCAAGUUCAGGUGGUGAAUGCAGCAACUAGCUGUGGUUAUUAGAUUAUGGUGGUAAAUUCAGGAUUUUGAAGUUUCAUGGAAUUUAAUGAGAGGCUUGGGGGAGUAAAGUAAGUAUAUUUUAUGAAGUGAAGAGAUUUAUAGCAAUUCUGCUUGAAAUUUCGAAGGGCAUGGAGUACGAGCUGCCCUGCACAGUACAUCCAUCCACGCCGAGGUGCUAAUGCUGUUUUUGGUAUGAUUUAUGGAAACAAAAUGGAAUGGAAUUGCCAUAUUGAAUUGAGAUAUUUCAAUCACCAAUUUGUACCAUCAAAACCAAGCGUGGCAUGAAAGCAGGUGGAAUUCUCUUAGAAGCUUGGGAAGUUAGGGAGCUUACUCUCAGCUCAGGCAGUCCCAAAUUGCAUUUUCUUCUACAUCCAUAUCAGACCAUAUAUGAAAAUUGCCAAAGCACAGCCUAACUUCCAAAGCCAGCUGGGCAUUCUGCGGGCUCAAGCCUCAGCACACAGUAACUUAUUCUCAAGUACGCUCACAUUUGGGAGUGAUAGAAGGUUGACAUCAACAUGGAAAUCCUUAAACAAUCAUAGAAGGAUAAGUUCUGACAUAGGACGGAACAGAUUUGUGAUCAAGGCAGUUGCCACCCUUGAAGCAAAGCGAUUGGCUUUGAGUGAAAAUGGUCACGUAUACCGCCAGAAUUCGCUGGGGGGUACUGAUUCAAGUCCAUGUGCUACACCAGUCGAGUCUUCAGGUGAAGAUUCAGAGGAGCUGGAUGAAAGAGAAAAGUUGAGGAGAAGGAGAAUUUCUAAGGCUAAUAAAGGGAAUACUCCAUGGAACAAAGGAAGGAAGCACAGUGCUGAAACCCUUCAACGAAUCAGAGAGAGAACACGGCUUGCAAUGCAGAAUCCUAAGGUGAAGAUGAAGUUAGUUAACAUGGGACAUGCACAAACAAAGGAGACGAGACAGAAAAUCGGAGCUGGGGUGCGGAUGGGGUGGCAAAAGCGCCGGGAAAAGCUGAUGGUGCAAGAGAACUGCCACUACGAGUGGCAAAAUUUGAUUGCGGAAGCUUCCAGAAGAGGUUACACCGAUGAGAGGGAGCUGCAGUGGGAUUCAUAUGAUAUAUUGAAUGAGCAGCUUGAGCAGGAAUGGUUGGAGAGUGUAGAAGAAAGGAAAGGUAUGCGAAACCAGAAGGGUAAUAAGAGAGCACCCAAAUCACUCGAGCAAAGGAGGAAGAUUGCUGAAGCUAUUGCUGCGAAAUGGGCAGACCCGGCAUAUCGAGAACGGGUUUGCUCUGGGCUCUCUAAAUAUCAUGGAGUACCAGUUGGGACUGAGAGAAAGCCAAGACGAAAACCCAGUGGUAGCACAGACUCGACGAGACGGAUCCCUUCCAAGAGAAAAGCUGCUGACGAAAUUCACGCCAAGAGGUGUGAUCCUCAGAGCCAAAUUCAACGAAUGAAAUUGAAGAGAAGCAAGACUCCAGUGUACAAGGAUCCACUGGCUAGUUCCAAGUUGGAGAUGAUCAAGAACAUCAGAGCGAAAAGAACUGCUGCAGACACCAACAGAACUGAAGCAAUUGAACGAGCAAGGCUAUUGAUCGCAGACGCGGAGAAAGCAGCGAAAGCCUUGGAGGUUGCUGCAGUCAGGAGCCCCAUUGCCAGAGCUUCACUUGAGGAAACCAAAAAGCUUGUAGCUGAAGCAAUCCAAUUGAUCGAGUCCAUUGAGGCGGGAGCCACCUUGUCUGUCAAGACAGCAGCUAACUCAUCCAUCGAGACGGCAUCCAUCUCCUCCAACCAGAGCAGAUCACUGCCAGAAUAUCAUCCAUACACUCUAUCUGAACCAACUGACCAUAUCCCGGAGGAAAGAAAAGUCAAUGGGAGUGCAGUUCAACUUGAGACCCCAGAGAAAGGGCGUGAUAAAUUCAGUUUUGGACACCCACCGAGUUUGAAUCAACUCGGUCUCGAGGACAACACGGAUCAUUCGACGAACGAGGCUGAUCAAACAACAGGACCUAACGGCCACAAUAACUGCAAGGAUGACCCUUGUCCCAGUGGAAGCGAAAGUAACGUUCAGUCCUCAGAUGAAGAUUUGCCUCCCAAAUCGACUGUCACCGUGACAAAGAAAUGGGUCCAUGGCCGGCUUGUUGCAGUGACGACAGAGUGAACUUUACAUGUUCGGAACCAUAUUCUUUCGUUAGAAGAGAGUUUUAACGGGAAAAUUUUUUCGAUAUAGGACUAUUGCUUUGUCGUGUACACUUAUUUCCAACGAAGGUGACACUACAGAUCGAGGCACAUUUUAUGCUGACAUAUUGUUUUA